AUGAGCACCACCAUUGAGGAACUCCAGAACGACCCGUUCUACCUCCGCACCGGACACCAGGGCCAGCACGGACACGAGUUCCUCGAGUUCGAGUACACGCACGGAAGGCUGCGAUACGCCAACAACUCAAACUACCGCAAUGACUCGUUGAUCAGGAAGGAGGACGACGCGCAAUGGCCUAAGAAGAACGUUGUCGGUCGUCAGGAGCUCGAGGUCAGGAUAGACAAGGACCACAUCUCGUUCGAGACGGCCAAGAUUGGCUCGCUCGCCGAUGUCAACGACAGCGAGGACGCGGAGGGUCUCCGUGUGUUCUACUACCUCGUCCAGGACCUUAAGUGCUUCGUCCUGUCCCUCAUCACGCUGCACUUCAAGAUCAAGCCGAAAGAGGGGUGGAAGCUGACCUCUCAGUCCAACAAUAGACGAUGGAGGAACGAGGGCGCGUCGGACGACACUCGAGUGGUAUUCUUGAUCUCAGCCUGA